AUGCCCGAAGGACGUUGUGGCACAGAAGAUCUUGAGCCACGGCCACAGCGGAGAUCCUUCGCGGAAGGCAAAGCUCUUGGAGAGGCAGAAGGAAGGCAAAAAGCGGCUUCGCGAGAUUGCCAAAGUCCAAGUGCCUCCCGAGGCCUGGAAGCCUAG